AUGAGUUCGAAUGAAAUAAAUAAAGUAUCGAAAUCUUCAGAAUAUUUAGAUCAAUUAAAAACUUUUCUGAAAGAAUAUCAAAUAGAAAAUUUUGAUUAUACACAAUUCAUUGAUGUUCAGCCAGUUUAUAGAUCACUUUCAUUAUCACUAUACUCGGCUAUUCUUGAUGAGCAAAAAUAUGCAUUAAAAAGUUUGAGAAAUGAUUGGUUCUUUGAUCGUGAAGAAUUUAGUCAGUUCAAACGUGAGAAAUUAUCUUCAAAACAUAUAGCAUUCAUUAUAAAUAAUAUUACUAAAUCUUUCGAUUCAGAAGGUGUAGCCACAAGUUCUCCUCAUUCCUUAUUUAAUGCAAAUUUAAAUUUGAAUGAACAUGAGAACAAUCAAAUGGCUGCAACUGAAGGAGCUGAUGACAAUUCUUUAAUAAGGCAGCCUAUUAUGAAUUCUGGUGUUAAGAUUUAUGACUAUAAGGAGUUCACAAGCAUUAAGAAAAUUGGAGAAGGUGGAUAUGGACAAGUCGAAAGGGCACAUUGGGAAAGCGCAAAUAUUACUGUUGCUCUUAAAAGUUUAAAGGUUAAAGUGAACUCAAAUAACGAUAUGAUUGAGGAAUUGGUCAGAGAGAAAAUUUCUCCGGUAGCUUUGUAG